AUGGCGAGGAUUAAGGUUCACGAAUUGAGGGACAAGUCGAAGAUCGAUCUGCAGAACCAGCUUAAGGAUCUUAAAGCUGAGCUCGCUCUCCUCCGUGUCGCCAAAGUCACCGGAGGUGCUCCCAACAAGCUCUCCAAAAUCAAGGUGGUCCGUAAAUCCAUAGCUCAGGUUUUGACAGUGACCUCUCAGAAGCAGAAAUCUGCUCUAAGGGAAGCAUACAAGAACAAGAAGUUCCUUCCUCUCGAUCUCCGUCCCAAGAAGACCCGUGCUAUCCGCAGACGUCUCACCAAACACCAGGCCUCGUUGAAGACAGUUCGUGAGAAGAAGAAGGAGAUGUAUUUCCCUAUCAGGAAGUACGCCAUCAAAGUUUAA